UGGUCCUGAUGCUGACGCUCAGUCUCGGCGACGCUGCCGAGAGCGGAGCAUCGGAUCCGGAACUCGCCCAACUUUGGCGAGAGGCUGAGAGAGUUGAGGGGAGAGGAGUUGCCCUGGGGGUGUUGUCGGUCACCCCGGGUGAGAGUCCCCUGUAGAUUGAAUGCUCGCAGUGGCGUUGAACCUGCGUUAAGGACCGGCCCCGGGGAGUUCCGUGCCGGGACAGCGGGUCGGUAUUAUGGGCUGUGCGUUAUCCGGGUCCGGGGUCAACCCGGACAAACCCAGUCCAGACGUGAGCGGCUCAGCUCCGGCUCCACCGCCCGAGGACAGCGAGGAGAUUCCGGCUUCGUCCCCGCGCCCGGUUCUGUCCGAGGCGCAGAAACAGCUGGUCCGGGAGUCCUGGGAGAUUCUUCACCAGGACAUUGCUAGGGUCGGCAUCAUCAUGUUUAUCAGGCUGUUUGAGACUCACCCCGAGUGUAAGGACGUCUUCUUCCUCUUCCGCGAUAUCGAAGACCUGCAGCAGCUGAGGAUGAGCAAGGAGCUACAGUCACAUGGACUCCGGGUGAUGUCCUUCAUUGAGAAGAGCGUGGCAAGAUUGUCACAGGAAGAGAAGCUGGAACAGCUGGCCUUUGAGCUUGGUCGAAGCCAUUGUAGAUACAAUGCUCCACCCAAGUACUACAAGUACGUUGGAGUGCAGUUCAUUGCAGUCGUGAAGCCAAUUCUGAAGGAAAAAUGGACCCCAGAGGUGGAAGAAGCCUGGAAGAAUUUAUUCGAUUACCUGACAACAACGAUGAGGAGGGGCUACCAAGAGACAGAGCAGAGGAACGGGGUCAACCAUGCUGGCUAUUUGGCCCGGAGAGCGGCGCCCGUCAACACCAACCAGAACACAAUCUGAGGGAUAUGAGGCGAAGUCCUCUACACCAGACCAUGUGUCCGUUAUGGGCAUGGGAGCAAGAAAUCAAAUUCAAACCUGUUUCCGUCAAAUUUCAGAUCAGCUUAAGUGUUCUGUUCUUGUGUUGGCUUUCUGCCCUCGACCCACCGACCUUGACUCUGAGCAUUGCCCUUCCACUCUACCUCUGAUCGCCCCUAGUCUGCAGGCAUGGGGGGGUGGGUGUGGGGGCUUUGGUUCAGCUCAGGGUCUCAGGCUCCUCCAGGAGAGGCGCUCUGACUUCUCCUGAUGAGGGCAAUAAGUGGGGAGGGGGUAGGACCCUGUGGGUGGGUUUAGCCCCUGUCUGAUGGUGGAGGGGAGAAUCUGGAAGAGUGGGAGAGAAAGAGGGCAGUGAGAGGGGAAGAGAAUGAGGGGCAGGACAAGGAGAUCUGUGCCCAGUUUUACAAAGAGCACAGAAACAGGCCCUUUGGCACACCUCCCAUACUAGCCACCAACCACCCAUUAGCACCGAUCCCCCACAUUUCCAGAUUCCGCCUCUCACCCACACACACCUGGGGAAACUUACAGAGGCAAGUUACUCUUCAGUCCUGCAUGUGUUUGGGAUGUGGGAAGGAACAGGAGCACCCUAGGGCUCACAGGGAGAGGCCCAGAGAUCCAGCACCCUUUGGGUGUGCCACCUAAAACUUUGACAAACUUCUAUUGUUGCACAGUGGAGAGCAUCCUAAUUGGUUUCAUCCCAGCCUGGUAUGGAAACACCAAUGUCCAGAAAUGGAAAAGGCUAUCGAAAUUGGUGGAUGCAGCCCAGCACAUCAUAGGAAAAGCCCUCCCCACCAUUGAACACAUCUGCAAUGAGCCACAAAAAAGCAGCAUCCAUCAUCAAGGACUCUCCACCAUCCAACUAUGCUCUCUUCUCGCUACUACCAUCAGGCAGGAGAUACUGAAGCCUCAGGUCCCACACCACCAGGUUCAGGAACUGUUAUUACCCCACAACCAUCAGGCUCCUGAACCAGUGUGGAUAACUUCACUCAACUCUGAAUUGAUUUCACAACCUACAGGCUCACUUUCAAGGGCUUGACAACUCUCGUUCUCAGCAUUAUUUAUGUAUUUAUUUGCACAAUUUUUCUUCUUCUGCACAUUGUUUGUCAGUCUUGAUUUAUAGAUUUCAUAAAUUCUUUUGUAUUUCUUUAUUUUCCUGUAAAUGUCCUCAAGAAAAUGAAUCUGAAGUUAGUAUAGAGUUAUUUAUUGUGUGAGUUGGAGAGUGAUGUUCCCAUGACUCUGCUGUUUUCAGUAGGAGAGGUUGCAGCUUUGGGAGAUGCUGUUACAAGUGUAGGCAGAAACAGCAGUGCAUUCUGUAGCUGAACCCCUGCAGCUUCUUUAUCUUGGCAGAUUGAAAAAUUCAUCAUCAUCAUCAUCAUCAUUAUAUGCCAUGUCAUAUGAUGCGGGCAAUCAUGGUCUUUGCAUGAGCAUUAUUGCUCUGGGCAAAUUUUUCUACCAACAUGGUUUGCCAUUGCCUUCUUCUAGGCAGGGUUUUUACAAGACAGGUGAUUCCCCCCACACCCCGCAACACCCCUCCCCCCAAGCCAUUAUCAAUUCUCUUCAGAGAUUGUCUGCCUGGCGUCAGUGGUCACAUAACCAGGACUUGUGAUAUGCACUGGCUUCUCGUACAACCAUCCACCACCUGCUCCCAUGGCUUCACUUGACCCUGGUCGGGGAGUCUAAGCUGAUUCCUUGCCCAAGGGUGACCUGCAGGCUAACAGAGGGGAGGAGCGCCUUGCACCUCCUUUGGUAGAGAUGCAUUUCCACCCCGCCACCCAAGUAUACCAUAGCAGGUGCAUAAUAAGAUAAUACUUUGAGUUUGGUGCUUUGUGACACAACGUUCUUUUGGACCCCAGGUUUUAGUCCUCCCUUCUGACCUUGUAACUUCAUCCAUUGUAUAAGACUCUCCCGAUGGUGGAAACAUCUCAACAUCUGCCCCGCCAUGUUUCCUCAGGAUCUGUGUUUCACUGACAGCACGCCUCCUCCCAUAAAAUCCAAAGGAUCUGGGCCUAAUUUAUUUUUCUGCUUGUGAUAGGACAACUGGGACAUUGAUUAGGAGUCAGGAAGACUUGACGUAACUGUAUCAAAUGUAGGUUUGGGCUACAUUGGAAGUAUUGUGUUCAGUUUGGCUCGCCCCAUUACAGGGACGAUGUGCAUGCUUUGGAGAAAGUGAGAGCAGAGAUGAACGAGAUUAGCUUUAUUUGUCAUGUGUACAUCAAAAUGUACAGUGAAAUGUGUCAUUUGCACAAUGAUUAACGCAGACUGAGAACUUGCUGGUGGCAGCCUGCAAGUAUCAAUGUUUCUGGCUCCGACACAAGAUGUCCGUAACUCACUAACCCUAACCCGAACAUUUUGAAUGUGUGAGGAAACUGGAGCACCUAUAAGAAACACGCACUGUCAGGGUGAGAACUGACAGACUGCGGCAGAGGUAGGCGGGCGGGGAAGUGUAGUGGUUAGCGUAACACUAUUAAAGCACCAAUGAGCCAGGUUCCAUUCCGCUGCUGUCUGCGAAGAGUUCUGUAUGUUCUCCUCAUGACCACGUGGGUGUCCUCCAGGUGCUCUCGUUUCCUGCCACGGUCCAAAGGCCCACAGGUGAGGAGGUUGAUUAGUCACGAGGGUUCAAUGGGCGCAAAUGGCUUGUUACUGUGCUGUAUCUCGAAAUAAAAUAAAACUAAAUUGAA